UUCCUCCCUCUCCAUGUAAACGAGCAGCAUAAGCGGAGGCGUCAGAAUGCGGGCAGCCAGAGCUUGCACACCUCCGGGUUCAUACAACGAGACAAUUCGCUCUCACUCCACAUGAGCUCCCUCUCUUUAUAGAAAUAAGCUUUCGGACUACGGUCUAUAAUUUUAUAUUUGAACUUUAAAAACGGGUUUCCUGUGAGAGCAGUCUGUGCGAAAAAAGGUGAGCAAGAGAAAAGCGAAACGACGUAGACGAACUGUUUUUACGGGCGGGUGGAAAUACAGGCAUCCGGCCUCUGAGGAAGCGUCUGCCGAGGUCUGGAAGUCCAGUCGAAAUAACGUAGGCUUCAUCGUUUCUGGCUGCCCCAAGGAGUUUGAUGGAGAAGAUGAAGAGGCUAAAGCGGCGUCUGUCCCUGACACUGCGCUCCAGUCAUACCAUUGACGAGUCUCUGUCAGAACUGGCUGAACAGAUGACCAUUGAGGACGGCAGUAAUAAGGACAAUGAGCCGAUCGUACGUAACGGGCGCCCGCCCUCCUCCCACAGCAUGCACUCGUUCCUGCACCAGUACACGGGUUCCUUCAAGAAGCCUCCGCUACGCAGGCCACACAGCGUCAUUGGGGGCAGCUUGGGAUCUUUUAUGGCCUUCCCAAGCAACGGGAGCCGCCUUGACAUCGUCCAUGAGAACCUGAAGAUGGGUUCGGACGGGGAGAGUGACCAGGCGUCGGGGACGUCAUCCGACGAGGUGCAGUCCCCCACUGGAGUGUGCCUGAGGAACAGGGUGCAGCGACGCAUCUCUAUGGAGGACCUGAACAAACGUCUUUCCCUGCCUGCUGACAUCCGUAUUCCCGACGGCUACUUGGAGAAGCUGCAGCUCAGCAGCCCCACCUUUGACCAGCCCCUCAGCCGUCGCUCCCGUCGUGCCUCCCUGUCAGAGAUUGGUUUUGGGAAGCUGGAGACCUACAUCAAACUGGAUAAACUGGGAGAGGGGACCUACGCUACAGUGUUCAAGGGACGCAGUAAACUGACGGACAACCUGGUGGCACUGAAGGAGAUCAGGCUGGAGCACGAGGAGGGAGCGCCAUGCACCGCCAUCAGAGAAGUGUCGUUGUUGAAGGACCUGAAACACGCCAACAUCGUGACCUUGCAUGACAUCGUCCACACAGACAAGAGCCUCACGUUGGUCUUUGAGUACCUGGAUAAGGACCUGAAGCAGUACAUGGAUGACUGUGGGAACAUCAUGAGCAUGCACAAUGUCAAGAUCUUCCUCUUCCAGAUCUUGCGGGGACUGGCGUACUGCCACAAGCGGAAGGUCCUCCACAGGGACCUGAAGCCUCAGAACCUGCUCAUCAAUGAGAGGGGGGAACUCAAACUGGCCGACUUUGGUCUGGCGCGGGCUAAGUCUGUACCCACUAAGACGUACUCCAACGAGGUGGUAACUCUGUGGUACCGGCCACCUGACGUCCUACUGGGCUCUUCAGAGUACUCUACACAGAUUGACAUGUGGGGUGUAGGCUGUAUUUUCUAUGAGAUGGCUGCAGGUCGGCCCCUGUUUCCUGGCUCAACCGUUGAGGACGAACUCCACCUCAUAUUCAGACUGCUGGGCACGCCGUCAGAGGCCAACUGGCCUGGGAUCUUAAGCAUCGAUGAAUUCAAGUCCUACAACUUCCCCAAAUACAAACCUCAGCCCUUCAUCAACCAUGCACCUAGGUUGGACACAGAAGGCAUUGAAUUGUUGUUGUCUUUUCUAAAAUAUGAGUCCAAGAAGAGGAUCUCAGCAGAUGAAGCUAUGAAGCAGGCCUAUUUCAAAAGCCUGGGGGCGCGAGUGCACAGCAUGCCUGAGAGUAUUUCUAUAUUUACUCUGAAGGAUGUUCAACUGCAGAGAGACCCAGGCUAUCGGAACUCCUCACACCUAGAGUCAGGCAACAGCAAGAACAGAAGACAGAGUAUGCUCUUCUAGGCCGAGGGCGGAGCUCAUUCCUGUUGCUAUAGUAACUGACUCUCGCUUGAGAUGAGGCUGAACGGGAAAUACCCUUCCCUUCCUCCCCCCUCUCGCAUGAGCCCCUCAUCCCUGGACCAACCCCCUUCAGCCCCCCCCACCCCACCCACCCCCCCAGCCCCAGAGAGCCAAUGUGUCUGAGUCGAUUGCGGAGGGAGAGAUGAACCGCGUUUAUUUAUUUGAAGAUAUGGAGGGGGCUAGGGGAUGUAUUUUGCUGCUAAACUACUACUGUCUGUAUUUAACACGCCGUUUGUGUAUAUGAUGAUGUGAACUCGGACGUCCUGCACAGUCGACCAGUCGCUAAAGUUCCAAUGGUUAUCGUAAUGAAAUAUGAAUUCCACUGUUGAUGUUGGUUAUCAUAGCUGUUACCUUUGCUGUUGUUGUGCUUGUUGUCGUGUUCGGAGACCGAAUGCCUUUCCAAGUUCUUUUCCCUCGCAUACUUUCUCGAGCUUCCUCCUAUCUUGGUGUAUGGCUGAAGUGACAGCGGACUUGUCCGGACAGGGACAGAGCUGCCGGACAGGGUCCUCAGCUGGAAUUCUUUCCUCUGGACCGGAGCAAUUUCCAGCCACCCUCUCAUCCUUCUAGAACAUUCCAAAACAUUUCAGGGGCCAGUUAGAGGUCAGUGAGGCUUUAGAAAUGGGGGUCAUAAGGCACACAGGGUCCACCUGUUGUAGAGCACAACGGCCCACUGAGCCUCUUAGCAAAAGCUGUGCCUGGUUCUGUCCACACACCUAAUGGACCACAGCACCAGAGGGAGUCUGCAUUUCGGAGGAAUUCUUUUACCUCCCCAGAACAUUUCCGGUCCCCUUCCGUUGUCAUGACAACAGGAAAGUGAGGAUUAGGAGGAAAGAACAACUGGAGUGCCACAGGAAGUCACGUGACCGCCCACAGGAACCCCUCCCUCGCACUCUCGCUUUUUCUUUCUCUCCAUCCCUCUCUCCUUUCUCUCUCCCACCCCAGCAUGUUCUGGACUUUAGCUUUUGUAAGCAAGUUCUUUAUCUUCUUGCCUUUUGGAGGUCUACAAUACCAGUUGUUUUUGUGCAUCAUUAAUAGCUAAGCCCUUUGUAGUACUCCGAACACCUCUCUACUCUAUAGCUGGCCAUGGGAGUGGAGUGUAACAAAGAUUUCAGGGCGCUCCUAUGAUGACGGGUGUUUAAAAUGGCUGACUUGAUUUGACAGUAUUAUUAAGAGUGUUUUUUUUUCUCUUUGACUUUUGGUCUCUGACCUCUCCUUGUGAAACCAGUGUCGCUCUGGCAUGUCAGGGGCAACAGCUUUGCCUCACAGGAGAACAAACCGAUUUGUUGUUCCACAGUCUGCAUUGGACCACUCAACUCUCUUCUUUCCAGCAUUUGUACACAUGAUGAUGUUGGUGAAAAAAUUGAAUUUCAAAUUGAAAUUGAAAAUAGAUUUAACAAGCCACUGUGUUGUUCUCAACCGACAGUGAUGUAUAUUAAUAUUGUAAUACUGUACUUUUUCAAGUUUGAGAAUGACCUGAGGGUGUGUGGGAGGCGUGUGUGGCGUGUGCAUGCAUGCGCGUGUGCGAAUGUGUGUUUGUGCGUGUGUGUGCGCCUGACGCAUGGAACUCCUGCUGUGGUGUAAACUCAACCUCUCUUGAACCCUGACCUGUACGGUCAGUUGGAGGUGGACAGUUGGUGACUGUAACUAUUUUUACUGGAACUAUUUAUUUGUCAUAACCAUCAAAGUAAAUUUAGUCUGUUUGAUAAAA